AUGAAUUCUAAUAUUCUAAACGUGUUGGAGAAGCCGCUCUUCGAUAACGCCAUAGUAAAUUUCGAGAAGCGUUCCCACGGUCCGUAUUCGGCGACGAACUUGAACAACAACGAUGAAAUCCGCAUCCCGAUUCAGCAGCAGGAUACGUAUACGGCUCCAUAUUAUAGUCUCCUGUAUAUCAGAGGUAGACUGUGCAAAGCUGAUGGCACGGUUUCGGCGACGGCAAAGUUCGACAGGAUGGGCAUUUUGCUGCUGUUCGACGAAAUCCGAUACGAGUUGAAUGGUAUACCUGUGGAUAGAUCGCGAAACCCCGGCCUCACGACCAUCAUGAAGAACUACGUGUCAAUCAGUCAAAAUGAAAGCCUAAAGUUGGAAAAUGCCGGCUGGAUUAUCAGCGACCAUUUCACCGAUGCCGAGGGCAAUUUCGACGUAUGCAUCCCUCUGAGGAUAUGCAUGGGAUUCGGGGAAGAUUUCCAGAAAAUUAUCGUCAAUUUGAGACAGGAGCUGGUACUUAUUCGCGGCUCCACUGAUACGAACGCCAUCGUGGGCGUUGCUGGCGACGAUGAGGGUCUCCGUGUACAACUACAGAGUGUUUCAUGGAAGGUGCCACACGUAUCGGUGGCUGAUGCGGAACGUUUGAAAUUGUUGAAAUAUAUCGACAGAAACGUAGAAUUGGCUGUGCCUUUCCGUAGCUGGGAACUGCACGAGUACCCCUUGCUUACCGAGACCCGGACACAUACUUGGAGCAUAAAAACUUCUUCACAGCUGGAGAAGCCUCGAUUCAUAAUUUUCGGCUUCCAAGUGGCCCGUAAGAAUAAGAUUGAUAAGGCCAUGAGCCAGUUUGAUCAUUGCAAUUUGACCAAUUUCAAGGUUUUUCUAAAUUCCGAUUCGUACCCGUACGAUAACUUGAAUGUGGAUUUUUCAAAGAAUUGUUAUGCCAUCCUGUAUGACAUGUAUGCUCAAUUUCAACAAUCAUACUAUCAGAAGGAUAGCGAGCCUUUUCUAACUACAUAUACGUACAAGCAUAUGGCUCCUCUGGUAGUCGUCGAUUGUUCCUGUCAGAAUGAGGUUCUAAAGUCGGGAACUGUUGACAUUAGGCUGGAAUUCGGUACUAAUGACAAUAUCCCGAAGGAGACCGCAGCCUAUUGUCUUAUAAUUCACGAUAGGAUCGUGUACUAUAACCCUCUGACGAGCAUAGUUCGCACUUAUUAG